GAGUGGAUCCGCCGCCCGCUCCGAUGUAAUCCCUCUCUCUCCCCGAUCCCUCGCUCAGUCGUCCGCCAUGGCGACCGCCGGAAGCCGCCGCCUCCUCCUCCUCCUCGGUGCGAGCCGCCUUUAAAAAAAAAAAAAAAAAAAAAAAAAACUCCCCACGGGACUCGCUUCCUUCCCCACGCCGGCUGGACGUGGAUGUGAUUCCCCUUCUCCUCUCAGCUGGGACACACUUUGGCGCGGACGAGGCUGCGUUCGGAGCGUCGGGGCUGAGCAGUGAGCAGUGCAGCGCACCAUGGCGGAGCCGGACCCGGAGCCAAUGUCCUCCGGAGCGGGGCAGCGCCUCGGGGCCCCGGAGACUCUUGGCAUCAGUACACUGGACCCGGGGCACAGACCCCCGGCCAUGCCCCCCGGACGGCACGUCACCAUCAGGGUCCGCAUGCUGGACGACACCGAGGAGCUCUUCGACAUCUCGCAAAAAGCCUCGGGCAAGGUGCUCUUCGACCUGGUUUGCUCCCACAUGAAUCUCAUCGAGGGCGACUACUUCGGCCUGGAGUUUCAGAACCAUCAGAAGAUGAUAGUUUGGCUCGACCACAUCAAGCCAAUCAUCAAGCAGCUCAGACGGCCUAAACACACAACCCUGAGGUUCACUGUGAAGUUCUUCCCCCCGGACCAUGCCCAGCUGCUGGAGGAACUAACACGGUACCUGUUUGCCCUCCAGAUCAAACAGGACCUCUCGUGUGGACGUCUGACCUGCAACGACAGCAGCGCCGCCAUGAUGGUCUCCCACAUCAUCCAGUCCGAGAUCGGGGACUUCGAGGAGAGCCAGUGCCGGUCACACCUCCUCAACAACAACUACAUCCCAGACCAGAUGCCCCUGAUUGACAAGAUAAUGGAGUUCCACUCCAAGAAUGUAGGUCAGACGCCAGCAGAAUCAGACUAUCAGCUGCUGGAGGUGGCGCGCCGGCUGGAGAUGUACGGCAUUCGGCUUCACCCUGCCAAGGACCGCGAGGGCACCAGGUUAAGUCUGGCUGUGGCGCACACCGGCGUCCUCGUCUUCCAGGGACACACCAGGAUUAACGCCUUCAACUGGUCUAAAGUUCGUAAACUGAGCUUCAAAAGAAAACGUUUCCUCAUCAAACUAAGGCCCGACCUGAAUGUGAGUGUUAAUUCAGGACGAUACAGUGUUUUACUACCCAGUAGUUGCUGUAAAUGUGGUUCUCUGUUCCCUCAGAGUUCAUAUCAGGACACGCUGGAGUUCCUGAUGGCCAGCAGGGACUGCUGUAAAGUCUUCUGGAAGAUCUGUGUUGAAUACCACGCCUUCUUCCGCCUCUUCGAGGAGCCCAAGCCCAAACCGAAGCCGGUGCUCUUCACCCGAGGAUCCUCCUUCAGAUUCAGCGGUCGCACGCAGAAGCAGGUGAUUGAUUACGUGAAGGAGUCCGAGUUUAAAAAGAUCCCGUUUGAAAGGAAACACAGCCGAGUCCAGCACAACAGUCACCUGUCGCCGCUGUCGUCUCCACGCCACCACGAAGCGCCGACGGAGAGCGGCGUCUACCGGGACAGAGUGGACUCUCCCUCGCGCCGACACUGGAGGGAGGAGGUGCUGGUGAGCGCCGAGGACCCCUCCACCUCCCGGACGAGCAGGAUGAGCCCCUCCUACCAGAGGAACGGCCACGAGGAGCGGGCGGGCUCCGUGUCCAGGGCGGAGGAGACGAGGGGCUCGCCGCGCCAGAUCCAGCUGGAGCAUCCCAGUGCAGCCGCGGCGCCCGGCAGCCCCCAGCAGUCGUCCUCCCCGGGACACCCCCACGGCAUGGUGAACGGCCAGAAGUCCCUGGACCUGUGCGGCCACAGCCCCGACGGCCGGCAGCCGUCCCCCCUCACCAGCCCGCUGCUCAACGACGCCUGCAGCGUCCGCACCGACGACGAGGACGAGGUCCGGAGGAAGAGGUUUCCGACAGAUCGGGCCUACUUCAUCGCCAAGGAGCUGCUGACCACCGAGAGGACGUACGUGAAGGACCUGGAAGUGGUGACGGUGUCGUUCCAGAGGGCCGUAGGAGACGACGAGGCGACUCCAGACUCGCUGAAAAGCACCAUCCUCUCCACCUUUGAGCCUCUGCACAAGUUCCACACGGGCUUUCUCAGGGAGGUGGAGCAGCGGCUGGCGCUGUGGGAAGGGCGCUCAAAUGCACACAUCAAAGGAGAUUACCAGCGCAUCGGAGACGUGCUGCUGAAGAACCUUCAAGGUUUGAAGCCCCUGGCAGCCAGUCUGAGCCGGCAGUCCGAAGUCCUGCUGGAGCUGGAGAAGGCCUGCCGGGCGUCCCGCCGGCUGGAGGCUCUGUGCAGGGAGUUCGAGCUGCAGAAGGUCUGCUACGUCCCGCUCAACGUCUUCAUCCUGCGGCCCCUGCACCGCCUCGUUCACUACAAGCAGAUCCUGGAGCGCCUGUGCAAACACUACCCGGCCACACACGUGGACUUCAGGGACAGUCGAGCUGCUCUGGCGGACGUGUCCGAGGUGGUGGAGCAGCUCCAGGGAGGCCUGAUCAAGAUGGAGAACUUCCAGAAGCUCCUGGAGCUGAGGAAGGAUUUGAUCGGCGUUGACAAUCUCGUUGUCCCCGGGAGGGUGAGUUCAAAAAACGGUCAAGAAGUGAAUGUCAGAUCUAUUGUUUCACCACGAGAGGCUGAUCGGAGGCGCGUUAAUAACCGGCACAUGCUUCUUGGUUUUCCUUCUCAGGAGUUCAUCAGGUUAGGCUGCCUGAGCAAACUGUCUGGGAAAGGCCUGCAGCAAAGAAUGUUUUUCCUGUUUAAUGACGUCAUCUUAUACACAAGUCGAGGGAUGACGGCGACCAAUCAGUUCAAAAUGCACGGGCAGCUGCAGCUCCACGGCAUGACAAUCAGAGAGAGCGAGGACGAGUGGGGCGUGCCUCACGCCUUCACGCUGGUCGCACAGCGACAGUCGGUGGUUGUGGCCGCGAGUUCUUCGGCGGAGAUGGAGAAGUGGAUGGAGGACAUUAAGAUGGCGAUAGAAAUGGCAACAACCAGCAACGGGCCUUCAUGUGACCUUCUGACCAGCAAUCUGACGGACAACAAAUGCCCGGAGGACUCCUCGGUGGAGGCGGAGUCCGAGGACGACAUGACAGCCUCGCACACCUCGCUGGACAAGCCGGCCGCCCACCGUGGUAACACCAUGGUGCACGUGUGCUGGCACAGGAACACCAGUGUGUCCAUGCUGGACUUUAGCAUAUCCGUGGAGAAUCAGCUUUCAGGGAACUUACUGAGGAAAUUCAAGAACAGCAACGGCUGGCAGAAGCUCUGGGUGGUGUUCACCAACUUCAGCCUGUUUUUCUACAAGUCCCACCAGGAUGAUUAUCCUCUGGCCAGCCUCCCUCUGCUCGGUUACUCCGUCACCGUCCCCUCCGAGUCUGAGAACAUCCACAAGGACUACGUCUUCAAGCUGCAUUUUAAGUCCCACGUCUACUAUUUCCGAUCAGAGAGCGAAUACACCUUCGAGAGGUGGAUGGAGGUCAUCCGCAGCGCCACGCUCCCCUCCGGUCGCGCUCGGGCCCUGAACAGCAAAGAGCCGCACCCCCUCUGAGUCGGCUCGCCCGGCCCGGCCGCCGCCCGUCCCGAACCUCCUGGACUCUCUCGGCUUUUCUUUUCUACGCAUAUCUGGGGACAUUUGUACAUGUGUCCAUGCACAUUUGGUGCUUUUUAAUGCUUUAAUGGUGACACGUCCGCUGGUUUAGACUGCAUCAGAGACUGCAUUUUUUGGCAUUUUUACUCUCAACUCUGAAACCUCUUUUUAAGGAUGUCAUUUUAUACUGUUUUCUAAAUGGUCUGAACCACUUCCUAUCUUUCUGGUUUUACAUUUUGCCAUUGGUUGUUUUUACAGCAGGAAUACGUCGAUAUAGAUCCUCAGUAUUCUUUCUUAGAUUGGUAAACUCUCACGCUGCGUUGUCAUAAACAUUUUUGUCUAUUUGUUCAUUUUACUGAACACGGCUGCUUUGAAAACGGUCCCGUAUCUUCAGUGCCAAACUGGUUUUUAACCGCGUCCGGGACUUUUUUGAUGCUAUUUUGUUACAAGGAGGACCGGGACUGUCCUCUGUGUACCGUGAAAACAGGCCACCCUUUAACGCUCAGUGCGCCGUGCACACCCAGCCCAGCACAAAGGGUCGACGAGGAGAUAUUGAAAUUAUUUUCUGGUAUUAUAGACAACAGUAACCCUAGGACGGAUCAUAGUGUGGCCCGGGGUAGCUGACACCACCAAUAAUGCCAUUUCAAGUAAAGUAAAUAUUCUAUUUGUUGAUCUUUGUUGUAUGAAUGCUCUCAGAGAGCUGGGGGGUUUUUUUGUUUGUUUUUUUUUUUUUUUUUUUUAAUUAACUCUGAUAUGAGACAAAGCCUGACAUGUUCAUAAUCAGUGUAUUAUGAAGGUAAGUGUAAUUGAAAGCUUUAAAAGUUAAGUGUGAAACGAAAUAGAAACUUUCAGUUCCAAACGCCGCCGCCCUCCCGAACACGGAUCCCUCCGCGGGUCUGCCUGGAUGGAAAUAUGCAUUUGACAGGGUUUUGCAGUGAAGUGUAUGAGAUGGAAAACCUCAGUUCUGAUUGGAAUUGCAGAGUUUUUUUUACCAGAAAACUAGAGAGCUAUUUGGAAAUGAAAGCAAUAAAAUCUUACUUAUAAGCUGAAA